AAGAUGUCAGACCCAAACCAAGCUGCCAUUGCAGCACAAAAGGAGGCUCUGAACUUGAAGUUACCCCCCAUUGCCCAUCCUUCAGAAAAUGUAGGUGUUGACACACCAAAACAAAGCAAGUUACUAAGCUACAAAAGAUCCACAGAACAACAGAAGAAAGUGAAUAAGUUGGUAAUUGAUGGAGCAAGAACAAAUCUAGCCAAAACUCUAGGUAAAAGAGUACCUCCAUCACCAGAGCCCGAUUAUCCUUCAGCUAUGACCAGUGAACUUAAAAAAAAAGGAUUCAACUAUAUUUAUAUGAAGGAAUGUGUAGAAAGUAGUCCUAUCGUACCUAUUCAGCAAGAAUGGCUGGACCACAUGCUAAUGCUGAUACCUGAGCACUUAAAAGAAGGGAAAGAAAGAGAAGAACUGAUUGAAAGCCUCAAAAAUGAGGUAGCAAAUGAUUUUGAAAAAAGUAUGAAGAGAUAUUUGGUUCGGAGUGUUCUUGUGAGACCUUCAGUUGACUGGCUUGAAGAUGAAGGAGGCCCCUUACCUGAAUCUCCUAUAGGACUAGAUUAUUCUAAACCAUGGCAUUCAAGCUAUGUGCAUGCAAGAAAUCAAAUAUUAGCUAAUUUGCACAUUGUUCAUCCAACUAUGAAACAAUUACUGGAUAUUGGUUAUGCAACAUUUGCUAAUACACUUUUGCUGGACUUCACAGGAAUUAGAGAGAGAGGCCCAAUUGAUUGUGAAGUACUAAGAAAUGACCUAUCACUUCAAACUAUAAAAGCAGAAGAGAAAAUAAUGAACACAUGGUAUCCGAACGUUAUAAGUCUCUUUACCAAGAAGGAAGCACUAGAAGGCAUUAAGCCUGAUAAGUUGGAAUCCUUUUAUAACUGUGUUUCCACACUUAUGUCAAAUCAGCUAAAGGAUUUCUUACGGAGAACUGUAGAAGGAUUUGUAAAACUUUUUGACCCAAAUGAUAAAGAAGGGCUGCCAAUAUUUAAGAUGGAAUUGACAUUUGAUGAAGAUAGAAUGGAAUUUUAUCCUACUUUUCAAGAUUUGGAAGAUGUUGUUGUGGGAUUGGUAGAGCGAAUAGCUGAUGCUCUGCAGACUGUCCAAACAGUACCCUCUUGGCUAUCAGGAACUCAAGCACCUGUAACUCUUGAUACAGAACUUCCUGAACAUGUAUUAUGUUGGGCACUUGACACGCUGAAGGAAGCAGUAUAUCAGAACUUAGAAGGUGCAAAGAGACAUUAUCAGACAUAUGUUGAAAAAUAUAAUUGGCUUCUGGAUGGGACUGCUGUGAAAAUGAUAGAGAAUUUUCAGGCAGAAGAUCAUACUUUUGAUGACUACACAGAAUUUAUAGAAAAAUUUUUCAGUCUUGCCACAGAAAUAACACUUUUGCCCCAGUGGAUUCAUUACCCUAUGGUGCGUUUGGAUUGUGAAGAUUUGAAGACAGGCUUGACAAAUAAAGCAAAAGCUUUUGCAAACUUAUUAUUAAAUGACAUAGUUUCAAAGCAUAGAAAAGAAAAUGAGUGUAUUUGUAGUGAUUUUGAAGCAAUUAAAGAACAUGCAUUAAAAGUUCCCGAGACAACAGAAGAAAUGAUGGAGAUGAUAGCUUAUGUUGAAAAAGCUCGGACUGUAGGAAUAAAAGAAUUGGCUAAUAGGAUCCAGGAAUCGAAACGCCAAAUGAGUUACUUUUUAGAUGUUUUUUUAUAUCCUCCGGAAGACUUAGCUUUAAAUGCAAAUGUCCUCAUGUGGCCUACCAAAAUUAAUCCUAUCUUUGAUGAAAAUGAUGAGCUCAUUGAGACAGCUAAACAUAAGAGAGAAAAUGAACUAAUAGCCAAGAGGGAGAGACUGAUUUUGGAACUAGAAAAGGAAUCACGCCGUAUGGAAGAGUUUGCUGAAUAUGCAGAGCUGGAACGCAUGCAACAGUAUGUGAUAGAUGUAAGACAACUACAAAAACGAAUUCAGGAUUCUGAAGAAGCAGUUCAGUUUAUCAAUAAAGAAGAGGAACUUUUCAAAUGGGAAUUGACAAAAUAUCCCGAACUGGAUAAAUUAAAAGUUACCAUUGAACCUUAUCAGAAAUUUUUUAAUUUUGUCUUGAAGUGGCAACGAACAGAAAAACGGUGGAUGGAUGGAGGGUUUUUGGAUCUCAAUGGGGAAAGUAUGGAAGCUGAUGUAGAUGAGUUUUCCCGAGAAAUUUUUAAGACACUGAAGUUUUUCCAAACAAAGCAAAAGAAAGAGUUGCAAGAAAAAAGAAAAGCAGCAAGAAGACGAUCUCUGAUGGAAGAGAAAGUUGAAGAAGAAGUAAAAGAAAAUCCUACAAUUACUAUGUGUGCUACAGUAAUGGAACAGAUAAGGGUUUUUAAGGAAUAUAUUCCUACUGUCUCCAUUCUAUGCAAUCCAGGCAUGAGAGCUCGUCACUGGAAACAGAUGUCAGAAAUUGUAGGUUAUGACUUGACUCCAGACUCUGGUACUACACUAAGAAAAGUUUUAAAAUUAAACCUUGCACCAUACUUAGACAAGUUUGAAGUGAUAAGUGCAGGUGCAAGCAAGGAAUAUUCUUUAGAGAAAGCCAUGCAUACAAUGAUGGGAAUUUGGGAUGAUAUUGCUUUUCAUAUAAGUUUGUAUCGUGAUACUGGAGUAUGUAUUCUUUCUUCAGUGGAUGAGAUUCAGGCAAUCCUUGACGAUCAGAUUAUAAAAACUCAGACAAUGAGAGGAUCACCUUUUAUCAAACCAUUUGAGAAAGAGAUCAAAGCCUGGGAGGACCGUCUGAUUCGAAUACAAGAAACAAUUGAUGAAUGGUUAAAAGUACAAGCUCAGUGGCUAUACUUGGAGCCCAUCUUUUGUUCUGAAGAUAUCAUGCAGCAGAUGCCAGAAGAAGGACGUCAAUUUCAAACAGUAGACAGGCAUUGGAAGGAUAUAAUGAAGUUUUGUGCAAAAGAUCCAAAGGUUCUUGCUGCUACUUCUUUAACAGGUCUACUGGAAAAACUACAAAACUGCAAUGAACUUUUGGAAAAAAUUAUGAAGGGACUUAAUGCAUACCUUGAAAAGAAACGUCUUUUCUUCCCUCGUUUUUUCUUCUUAUCUAAUGAUGAAAUGUUAGAGAUUUUGUCAGAGACCAAAGAUCCACUUAGAGUUCAGCCACACUUGAAAAAAUGCUUUGAGGGCAUUGCUAAAUUGGAGUUCCUUCCAAAUUUGGACAUCAAGGCCAUGUAUAGUUCUGAAGGUGAACGAGUGGUACUUAUUGAACUUAUUUCCACAUCUGCAGCACGGGGAGCUGUAGAAAAGUGGCUCAUUCAAGUGGAAGACCUAAUGCUCCGAAGUAUUCAUGAUGUGAUUGCUGCAUCCAGGCUGGCUUAUCCAGAAUCAGCAAGAAAAGACUGGGUUAGAGAAUGGCCUGGUCAGGUUGUACUUUGUGUUUCUCAAAUGUUCUGGACUUCUGAGACACAGGAAGUCAUAAGCAGUGGGAAAGAGGGAUUAAAGAAGUACUAUAAGGAACUCCAGGGUCAACUGAAUGAUAUUGUAGAGCUAGUAAGAGGAAAAUUGUCUAAGCAGACCAGGAUUACUCUAGGGGCUUUGGUUACAAUUGAUGUCCAUGCUAGAGAUGUGGUCAUGGAUAUGAUUGAUAUAGGUGUCUCACAUGAUACAGAUUUCCAGUGGCUGGCUCAGCUUCGUUAUUAUUGGGAGUAUGAGAAUGCUCGAGUUCGUAUCAUUAAUUGCAAUGUAAAAUAUGCUUAUGAAUACCUUGGCAACUCACCUCGACUUGUCAUUACUCCUCUAACUGACAGAUGCUACAGAACAUUGAUAGGUGCCUUCUAUUUAAAUCUUGGAGGUGCGCCAGAGGGGCCAGCAGGCACAGGAAAAACAGAAACAACCAAGGACUUGGCUAAAGCUCUUGCUGUACAGUGUGUGGUAUUCAACUGUUCAGAUGGGCUAGAUUAUCUAGCAAUGGGAAAGUUUUUUAAGGGAUUAGCUUCUUCUGGUGCUUGGGCUUGCUUUGAUGAAUUUAACCGAAUUGAGUUGGAAGUAUUGUCAGUGGUAGCUCAACAGAUCCUCUGCAUCCAGAGAGCGAUUCAACAGAAGUUGGAAGUAUUUAUUUUUGAAGGGACAGAACUUAAGCUCAAUCCAAACUGUUUCGUAGCUAUUACCAUGAAUCCUGGCUAUGCAGGACGUUCUGAAUUGCCAGAUAAUCUGAAGGUUCUCUUUAGGACAGUGGCAAUGAUGGUCCCAAACUAUGCCCUUAUAGCAGAAAUCUCCCUCUACUCCUAUGGAUUUCUGAAUGCAAAACCUCUGUCUGUGAAGAUAGUAAUGACCUAUAGGCUUUGUUCAGAGCAACUCUCAUCGCAAUUUCAUUAUGACUAUGGAAUGCGAGCAGUUAAAGCAGUUUUAGUGGCUGCUGGAAACCUAAAACUAAAAUACCCAAAUGAAAACGAGGAUAUACUGCUUCUUCGAUCAAUUAAAGAUGUAAAUGAACCAAAGUUUCUAUCUCAUGAUAUACCUUUAUUUAAUGGGAUAACUAGUGAUUUGUUUCCUGGUAUUAAACUUCCUGAAGCUGACUAUGAUGAAUUUUUAGAAUGUGCUCAUGAAGCCUGCUCUGCACAUAAUCUUCAGCCUGUUAAAUUUUUUAUUGACAAAAUGAUUCAGACAUAUGAAAUGAUGAUUGUUAGACAUGGUUUUAUGUUAGUGGGAGAGCCUUAUGCUGGUAAGACAAAAGUUCUGCAUGUACUGGCUGAUACUUUAACACAUAUGAAUGAACAAGGCUAUGGAGAGGAAGAGAAGGUCAUUUACAGGACUGUAAACCCCAAAUCGAUUACUAUGGGCCAACUUUUUGGACAGUUUGACCCAGUGUCUCAUGAGUGGACUGAUGGUAUUGUGGCAAACACUUUUAGAGAAUUUGCCUUAGCUGAAACACCAGAUCGGAAAUGGGUUGUAUUUGAUGGUCCUAUUGAUACUUUGUGGAUAGAGAGUAUGAACACAGUGUUGGAUGAUAAUAAAAAGCUUUGCCUUAUGAGUGGAGAAAUCAUUCAAAUGUCUCCUCAAAUGAGCCUCAUUUUUGAAACAAUGGACCUUUCCCAGGCUUCACCUGCUACUGUAAGCCGUUGUGGCAUGAUUUAUUUGGAGCCCUCGCAGUUAGGGUGGGAGCCACUUGUGUCUUCAUGGUUGAGUUCACUGGAAGAGCCUCUAAAUCAACCAGAUGCUCAAGCUCUUCUGACAGCAUUGUUUGACUGGUUAAUACCACCUUCUCUAAGGUUUCGUAAGAAAAAAUUAAAGGAACUGAUUCCUACGAGUGACAGCAACGUGGUUGUAUCUCUUACACGCCUCUUUGAAGUUCUGCUGUGUAAUGUGCUAGCAAAUGAUACUUCAACUAAGCAUAUUCGUGUUUGGAUUAUGGCUUCCUUUAUAUUCUCUUUGAUUUGGUCCCUUGGAGCAAGUUGUGAUACAGAUGGUCGUGUUUUAUUUGACAAUUUCAUACGAACAAUUGUAAUGGGGAAAAAUGAAGGAAGCCCAUUGCCAGACUCUGUGGGUAAAUGGGAAUGCCCUUUUGAUGAAAAAGGCCUGGUCUACGACUACAUGUAUGAGUUGAAAAACCGAGGUCGCUGGGUCCAUUGGAAUGAGCUAAUUAAAAGUAUUAAUUUAGAAGAUAAACGUGUCAAGAUUCAAGAUGUCAUAAUCCCUACAAUGGAUACAAUCAGAUACACAUUUUUAAUGGAUUUGAGUAUUACCUAUGCAAAGCCAUUGCUUUUUGUGGGUCCAACUGGCACAGGAAAAUCAGUGUAUGUGAAGGAUAAGCUAAUGAAUCACUUGGAAAAGGAUCGUUAUUUCCCCUUUUAUGUUAAUUUCUCUGCACGGACCAGUGCCAAUCAGGUUCAGAACAUUAUUAUGGCUAGAUUGGAUAAAAGGCGCAAAGGAGUUUUUGGACCACCUAUGGGAAAGAAAUGUGUAAUUUUUAUAGAUGAUAUGAGCAUGCCUGCAUUGGAGAAAUAUGGAGCACAGCCUCCUAUUGAAUUAUUACGACAACUUUUUGACUGUGGACAUUGGUAUGAUCUGAAGGACACAAGUAAGAUCACGCUUGUUGAUAUAGAGCUGAUGGCUGCCAUGGGCCCUCCAGGUGGUGGCAGGAAUCCAGUUACUCCUCGUUUCAUUCGUCAUUUCAAUAUCUGCACUAUUAAUACUUUUAGUGAUGAAACUAUGAUUCGAAUUUUUUCAUCAAUUAUGGCAUUCUACCUUAGGACUCGUGAAUUUCCUCCAGAGUACUUUUUAAUUGGGAACCAAAUAGUCAAUGGGACUAUGGAGAUAUAUAAACGAUCCAUGGAAAAUCUUUUGCCCACUCCCACAAAAUCUCAUUAUACUUUCAACUUGCGUGAUUUUUCACGUGUUAUCCUGGGUUGCUUACUCAUUGAAAGAGAUGCUGUGGAGAGCAAGCAGACUAUGAUCCGUCUGUUUGUGCAUGAGGUUCUUCGGGUGUUUUAUGAUCGACUUGUUAAUGAUAAUGAUCGAAACUGGCUCUUCAAAUUAAUUAAAACUGUUAUAAAAGACCAUUUUAAAGAAUCAUUUGAUGGUGUCUUUUCACAUUUGAGGAAAGAGAAUGCACCGGUAUCUGAGGAAGAUUUAAGAAAUCUCAUGUUUGGUGAUUAUAUGAAUCCUGACCUUGAAGGAGAUGAUAGAACUUAUAUUGAAAUUCCAAAUAUCCACAAUUUUAGUGAUGUUGUAGAUCAGUGCUUAGAUGAAUAUAAUCAAACUCACAAAACAAGAAUGAAUCUUGUUGUGUUUAGGUAUGUCUUAGAACAUUUAUCAAGAAUAUGUAGAAUUCUAAAACAAUUUGGUGGAAAUGCUUUGCUUGUUGGACUUGGAGGAAGUGGUCGUCAAUCUUUAACUCGUCUGGCUACGUCUAUGGCAAAAAUGCAGAUUUUCCAACCAGAAAUUUCAAAAAGCUAUGGUAUUAAUGAAUGGAGAGAGGAUCUGAAGGCUCUGUUGAGAAAUGUGGGCGUGAAAGGUCAGAAGACAGUCUUUCUAAUCACAGACACUCAGAUUAAGGAGGAAGCUUUUCUAGAAGAUAUUGAUAGUGUGCUCAAUACUGGAGAAGUCCCUAACAUUUUUGCAGCAGAUGAAAAGCAAGAAGUGAUGGAGGGUGUUCGCCCAGUAGCUCAGGCUGGCAGUAAGCAUGAUGAACUCAGUCCCUUAGCCUUGUUUGCUUUUUUUGUGAAUCGCUGCAAGGAUAAUCUUCAUGUCGUAGUAGCCUUCAGCCCCAUUGGAGAUGCCUUUCGAAAUCGAUUGAGACAGUUCCCAUCACUCAUCAAUUGCUGUACUAUUGACUGGUUUCAGCCAUGGCCUGAAGAUGCUCUUGAACUUGUUGCUGUAAAAUUCUUAGAAACAUUGGAGCUUACUGAAAUUGAGCGACGUGAGAUAGUUCCAGUCUGUAAACACUUUCACACCUCUGUUAUGGAACUUUCAGACAGGUUCUUGGAAGAGUUAGGUCGACAUAACUAUGUUACUGCUACUUCUUAUCUUGAACUAAUUGGCUCAUUUCGACAACUUUUGACUAAAAAGCGGCAAGCUGUCAUGGGAGCAAAACAACGAUAUGUAAAUGGACUUGACAAGUUAGCUUUUGCUGAGUCUCAGGUUGGUGAAAUGCAGUUGGAGCUUGUUCAGUUACAGCCCAAAUUGGAAGAGGCUAGAAUUGAAAAUGCAAGAAUGAUGCAGAUUAUUGAGAUAGAAUCUGCACAAGUGGAAGCAAAAAGAAAGUUUGUGAAAUUAGAUGAAGAAAUAGCCAGUGGGAAGGCUGAGGAAGCCCAAGCCCUGAAAAAUGAGUGUGAAAGUGACCUAGCAGAGGCAAUUCCAGCCUUAGAAGCAGCUCUGUCGGCACUGGAUACACUUAAACCAGCUGAUAUUACAAUUGUAAAAUCAAUGAAGAACCCUCCGUCUGGUGUUAAACUGGUUAUGGCUGCUGUUUGUGUCAUGAAAGACAUAAAACCAGAAAGAAUUACAGAUCCUGCAGGAACUGGAGGCAAGAUAUAUGAUUACUGGGGACCUAGCAAAAAACUUCUGGGAGAUAUGAAUUUCUUAAGAGAUUUGAGAGAAUAUGACAAGGACAACAUUCCAGUAAGUGUUAUGCAGAAGAUUCGUAGUGAAUAUUUGACGAACCCUGAAUUUGACCCUCCUAAGGUUGCCAAAGCUUCUUCUGCAGCUGAGGGUCUAUGUAAAUGGAUCAUGGCUAUGGAAGUAUAUGACCGAGUUGCAAAGGUUGUGGCUCCUAAGAAAGCUCGUUUAACAGAAGCUCAGAAAUCCUUAGCUGAGACAAUGGAGCUUUUGAAUCAGAAGAGAGAAGAACUGGCAGAAGUAGAAUUUCAUUUAGAAAAUUUACAACGAACAUUUCUUGAGAAAACAGAAGAAAAGGCUGCUUUGGAAGAUCAGGUAGAACUCUGUGCUAAGAAACUUGAGAGAGCAUCACAACUAAUUGGAGGACUGGGUGGAGAAAAAUCAAGAUGGGCUCAAGCUGCACAUGACCUUCAAAUAACAUAUGAAAAUUUAACUGGUGAUGUGUUAGUAUCAGCAGGAGUAAUAGCUUAUCUUGGUGCUUUCACCUCUGGCUUUCGACAAAUAUGUACAGAAGAUUGGAGCAUACUGUGCAAGGAUAAAAAAAUCCCAUGUUCAGAGGAAUUCUCACUGAGUAAGACCCUGGGUGAUCCAGUGCACAUCAGAGCCUGGAAUAUUGCUGGAUUACCAACAGACACCUUCUCUGUGGAUAAUGGAGUGAUUGUUAAUAACUCAAGGCGAUGGCCUUUAAUGAUUGAUCCCCAGGGUCAAGCCAAUAAAUGGAUCAAAAACUCUGAGAGGGAUAAUCAACUUAAUGUUAUUAAGCUAUCAGAUUCAGACUAUAUGAGAACAUUGGAAAACUGUAUCCAGUUUGGACUUCCACUUUUAUUAGAAAAUGUUGGUGAAGAACUAGAUCCAUCUCUGGAGCCUUUACUACUUAAACAAACUUUUAAACAAGGUGGCAUUGAUUGCAUUAGACUUGGUGAAGUCAUUAUUGAGUACUCCUUUGAAUUCAAAUUUUAUAUCACCACAAAGUUAAGAAAUCCACACUACAUGCCAGAAUUGGCUACAAAAGUGUCCUUGCUCAAUUUCAUGAUAACCCCAGAAGGACUUGAAGAUCAAUUGCUAGGCAUUGUUGUUGCAAAGGAGAGACCAGAAUUGGAAGAAGAACGGAAUGCUCUAAUUCUUCAGUCUGCAGCCAAUAAAAAACAGCUAAAAGAAAUAGAGAGAAAAAUUUUAGAAACAUUAUCAUCUUCAGAAGGGAACAUUUUAGAAGAUGAAAGUGCAAUCAAAGUCUUGGACUCAGCUAAAAUUAUGUCCAAUGAGAUAACAAAGAAACAGCAGAUUGCAGAAAAAACAGAGCUCAAAAUAGCAGAGUCUCGAGAAGGCUAUAGGCCCAUCGCUAAACAUUCAUCAGUAUUAUUCUUUAGCAUUGCAGACCUGGCUAACAUUGAUCCCAUGUACCAGUACUCUCUCGUCUGGUUUGUGAACCUGUACAUCAAUUCUAUUCAUGACAGCAAUAAAUCUAAAAUUUUGGAAAAGCGCCUACGAUAUUUAAAUGACCACUUCACAUACAACUUAUACUGUAAUAUAUGUCGAUCACUAUUUGAGAAGGACAAGCUGUUGUUUUCUUUUUUAUUGUGUGCUAAUCUUCUUCUAGCAAGGAAGGAAAUUGAAUACCAGGAACUGAUGUUUCUUUUAACGGGAGGAGUAAGUCUCAAGAGUGCAGAAAGAAAUCCAGAUCCAAGUUGGCUACAGGAUAAAAGCUGGGAGGAAAUUUGUAGAGCAAGUGAAUUUUCUGCCUUCAAAGGACUCAGGGAACAUUUUAUUGAAAAUAUAGAUGAAUGGAGGGAAAUCUAUGACAGUAAAGAGCCGUACAAUGUGAAGUUUCCAGAACCAAUGGAUAAGAAUCUAAAUGAACUACAGAAAAUAAUAAUUCUUAGAUGUUUACGACCUGAUAAGAUUACCCCAGCUAUAACAAAUUAUGUAACUGACAAACUAGGAAAAAAGUUUGUAGAACCUCCACCCUUUGAUUUGGCAAAGAGUUAUUUAGAUUCAAACUGCACGAUUCCCUUAAUUUUUGUGCUGUCUCCAGGAGCAGAUCCUAUGGCCAGCCUGCUGAAGUUUGCAAAUGAUAAAUCUAUGUCUGGAAAUAAAUUUCAAGCCAUUUCGCUGGGACAGGGGCAAGGACCAAUUGCAACAAAAAUGAUUACAGCAGCAUUAGAAGAAGGAACAUGGGUUUGCCUACAGAAUUGCCACCUUGCUGUCUCCUGGAUGCCCAUGUUGGAAAAAAUAUGUGAAGAAUUUUCCCCUGAAAUUUGUAAUUCAUCCUUUAGACUUUGGCUCACAAGCUACCCAUCUCCAAAAUUUCCAGUAACAAUUCUACAGAAUGGGGUAAAAAUGACUAAUGAGCCUCCCACAGGUCUUCGGCUGAAUCUCCUGCAGUCGUAUGUCACUGAUCCAGUUUCUGAUGAACAGUUUUUUCAUGGAUGUCCGGGAAAAGAACAGGCAUGGGAGAAGUUGCUGUUUGGAGUUUGCUUUUUUCAUGCUCUUGUGCAAGAGAGAAAGAAAUUUGGGCCUCUUGGUUGGAAUAUUCCAUAUGGAUUUAAUGAAUCUGAUUUACGCAUUAGUAUCCGGCAACUACAGUUAUUUAUAAAUGAAUACGAUACAAUUCCAUUUGAAGCUAUCUCUUAUCUUACUGGAGAGUGUAAUUAUGGUGGAAGAGUAACAGAUGAUUGGGACAGGCGCCUCCUGCUAACCAUGCUGGCUGACUUUUACAACCCCCACAUAAUCGAAAACCCUCAUUAUAAGUUCUCUCCCAGUGGAAACUAUUUUGCACCUCCCAGAGGUACUUAUGAGGAAUACAUUGAAUUCAUCAAGAAACUUCCAUUUACUCAAGAACCAGAGAUAUUUGGAUUACAUGAAAAUGUUGACAUCUCCAAAGAUCUUCAACAAACAAAAACCCUUUUUGAGUCCUUACUCCUCACCCAGGGAGGCUCCAAACAGACAGGCUCCUCGGGAAGUACUGACCAAAUUCUAUUAGAAAUUACCAAAGAUAUACUGAGAAAGCUCCCAGAUGACUUUGACAUCGAAACAGCACUACACAAGUAUCCUGUGAGGUAUGAAGAGAGCAUGAAUACUGUUUUAGUACAAGAAAUGGAACGAUUUAACAAUUUAAUUAAAACUAUACGUAAUACUCUACGAGACCUUGAAAAGGCCAUUAAAGGUGUAGUUGUAAUGGAUUCUGCAUUGGAGGCACUUUCUGGCAGUUUACUUAUUGGAAAGGUUCCAGAAAUGUGGGCCAAACGAUCAUACCCAAGUCUUAAGCCCCUGGGAAGUUACAUCACAGAUUUUCUAGGCCGAUUGAACUUUUUACAGAACUGGUAUGAUUCAGGAAAACCCUGUGUGUUUUGGCUGUCAGGUUUCUUUUUCACCCAAGCCUUUUUAACUGGAGCUAUGCAGAAUUAUGCCAGAAAAUACACUAUCCCUAUUGAUUUACUAGGAUAUGAAUUUGAGAUUAUUCCUUUGGAUGAUUGUGCCACAGCACCGGAAGAUGGUGUUUACAUCCAUGGAUUAUAUCUUGAUGGAGCACGCUGGGACAGAAAGAGAGGAUUGCUUGCUGAACAGCAUCCCAAACUUCUGUUUGACCUGAUGCCCAUCAUAUGGAUAAAACCAUCUGAGAAGUCUCACAUUGUGAAGUCAAAUGCCUAUGUUUGUCCUCUCUACAAGACAAGUGAACGUAAAGGAGUUCUUUCCACCACAGGACAUUCAACUAACUUUGUUAUUGCAAUGUUGCUAAAAACGGACCAACCUCCUCAACAUUGGGUCAAGCGUGGUGUUGCCUUGCUUUGUCAGUUGGAUGACUAA